ACAGAUCUGCUGGAAAAGUCAAGAGUCACAUUCCAGCUGUCUGCUGAGAGGAGCUACCACAUCUUCUACCAGCUCAUGACUGGACACAAGCCUGAGCUGCUUGAGGCGCUGCUCAUCACCACCAACCCCUAUGACUACCCUAUGAUCAGCCAGGGUGAAAUCACAGUCAAGAGUAUCGAUGAUGUGGAAGAGUUCAUUGCCACAGAUACUGCUAUUGACAUUCUGGGCUUCACUGCUGAUGAGAAAACAGGCAUCUACAAGCUGACUGGAGCUGUGAUGCAUCAUGGCAACAUGAAGUUCAAGCAGAAGCAGAGAGAGGAGCAGGCUGAGCCUGAUGGCACUGAGGUGGCUGAUAAAAUCGCCUACCUCAUGGGCCUGAACUCAGCUGACAUGCUGAAAGCCUUGUGUUACCCCAGAGUGAAAGUGGGAAAUGAGUUUGUGACCAAAGGCCAGACUGUACCACAGGUCAAUAACGCUGUCAGCGCUCUUUGCAAGUCUGUCUAUGAGAAAAUGUUCUUGUGGAUGGUCAUCCGAAUCAAUGAGAUGUUGGACACAAAGCAGCCAAGGCAGUUCUUCAUUGGAGUGCUGGACAUUGCUGGAUUUGAGAUCUUUGAUGUAAAUAUUUGUUGAGUCUACAAUGUUUGCUUUACACAGUAUAACAUAAGUCAGUACUUAGAAUAUUAAUGUUAACAUUAAUAUUUUAAAACAGUUCAACAGCCUGGA